GCGCACGAUAAUUCUGGUGGGGAAUUGGCGACGCCUAAGAACUGCUCGGAAGCCGAUUGCGGAGGCGCCAACUUGACGAAAGGUAACGGAGCCCUGUCUGUUGCCAGCCUUCCGAGUUCUGGAGAGCACACUUCCCGAUUCUGGAGCUCCAUGUUCUCAGAUUCGUACACCUUCGAGUUCUAUAUGAAAUAUGACGGCGAGGCGCGCGUCCUUUUCUCGACGAACCCAGGAAUGCAAUACCUGUUACCGGAAAACAACUAUUCUGCAUUUACAACUGAAGAGUGGCCGUCUGAUAUCGUGAAUAAUACUCCUAUAAUUGGUGAGACGGAAAACCACGACUUUGAUGCAAAUUUCUACGACCUGACUUUCGCGGACACCCCAGGUGGUAUCAACUAUUACGCCCGAG